UGCCCGCCCUUUUCUGCUCCGCUGUCUCCUCUGCCCGCUGUUUUCAGUUCCGCCUCUCGUGCCUCCCCAGGACUCAUCGCUGGUGCUCCGCCAUGAAGCCGCUGGUCGGGUUCCUCCUGGUCCUGGGAGCCGCCACUGCCGGCCUUUCCCUGUUGUCGUCGCGGCUGCCCGGAGAGCCCCGCGCGGGGAGCAGAUCAUUAAAGUUCCCUUCAGACCUAGAAGAACUGCAAGAACUUGCAGAGUUUCUACGAUACUACAAUAGAGAGCACCAUGCGUAUGUGCUGCUGCUGUUCUGCAGUGCCUAUCUAUACAAGCAGUGCUUUGCCAUACCAGGCUCCAGCUUUCUGAACAUCCUUGGUGGGGCUCUCUUUGGACCAUGGAUGGGACUCCUGUUGUGUUCUGCCUUGUCUUCUGUGGGUGCCACGUGUUGCUACGGACUGUCCAAUGCAUUUGGGAAAAAAAUAGUUGUCUAUUACUUUCCUGAAAAAGUUGCCAUGCUUCAGAAAAAGGUGGAAGAGAACAGAAAAUCUUUGUUCUUUUUCUUGUUGUUUCUGAGGGUGUUCCCCAUGACUCCAAAUUGGUUUCUGAAUCUCACGUCUCCAAUCCUCAACAUCCCCGUGUCUCAAUUCUUCCUUUCUGUUUUCAUAGGCCUUCUGCCAUAUAACUUUGUGUGCGUCCAGACAGGCUCAAUCCUUUCACAAGUAACCUCCUUGGAUGCCAUUUUCUCAUGGAGUACCCUAUUCAAAAUGUUGGCAAUAGCUAUGGUGGCAUUGAUUCCUGGGACAUUAAUUAAGCAGUUUGGUCAGAAACACCUCAGUGUGGACAAGAGGAAUCAAAAUGUGCAUCUGCUCAAUGGAAAGAAGAGAAGCUGAAUAGGCUAUGUUGCAAUCAGGUAUUGUGGGAGCCUAUUUAUGGGGAGAAGUGCAGUUUAUUUCCAACUGGAUUUCUGAAUCCUUUGGACACUAUUUGAAUAUCUCCUUUCAGCAACGACUAGAACAGUCCGUUCUUAAUGUUUGUUUGUUUGUUUGUUUGUUUAAAAAACAAAACCAAACAGAGACUUGCAUGGUUCAUCUUUAAAAGGUGCUUGUGAUUGUUCCAGUGACCUCUGUACCUAUACUACUGUCAAAGGAGAUGGUAAAUGUGGUUAUGUUGCAAUAACCGAACCAUUAGAGACUGCAAGCCCUGAGGUUUGAAGUCAGAGAUGGGCAAUGCAGAGACCAAUUUCCCACUGCCCACCCAUCCUCUGCUGUAACCCCAAUAUCUCCAAUUGGUUAGUUCCUCUCACAAUGGCAAUUGGGUAUCUGCUAUCUUCCUGCUACCAUUUGAAGAGGAAAACAGAGUGGUGGGUUCUUGAGAAGUUGCGUGGGAGUGUUUUCAGCUUUUUUUAAAAAAACGUUUACACUGGGCUAGCCAUGGAUAAAGAGCUGUAGGCCAAAUAAUGUGGAGAACCUCUAAUCCGAGACAAGGUAACCUCUAGUACUGGGGGCAAAAAACAUUCUAAAGCAGAAAUAAUGAAGUGAUAAGCUUCUAGAUGAGUACAAUUCCCAUGACCCUUUCCUACUGACAGUCCUGCCUAAAUCUGAUGGGAAUUGCAGCCCCACAACACAUUUAGGGUUUCAAUAGCCUAUUUUAUUUAAAAAAAAUAAAAACAGUUUCUCUGUUUAUGCAACACUGUGUAGAGAAGAAGAGUAAUUCACAUUCCCUCUUGUGUUCCUUGAAAAAGUUGUGCUGCUAAUUCAUUGGCUCAAUCCAUUUUCAAAGGUGGAAGAAGUUAUGAAUGAAGGUAUCACCAUUUCUUUCACUUCUACAGAGUACAGAAUCAAUUUUUUUAGUUCAUAACAAACAUAUUAUUUCAUUAUAUCCCCCUGCUCCCUUCAUGAUGUUGUUUGUAGUCAGCAGUGGUGAACAGCCACUAUUUUUUUAAGCCCUCUGUUUUUGAGUUUGCUAUUUCACAAGGUCUUAAUCCUCAAUGAAGUAGUAAACCUACUUUAGAAUGUAGGUGAGAGAUUCUCAUUGAAAGCCUUCAGAUUUACAAAAUAAAAUAUUCACAAAUAAAAGUGGAGGCCUAGUAGGAAUGUCAGGAUAGACUACUAUUUGUAGAUAUCUGAUGUGAUACAAACUCACAACCCCAAGGUAAGCCAACCAGCAGGAACUGCAGCAGGAAAUUUCAGGUUUCCUGUAAAAAAAAAAAUCAUACCCAUUCAUCUCCAUGGGGAAAGGCAGCCCUCGUGUCAUCAGCCUCCAGCCAAAUGAUGGGUUUAUGCGAAACAGUGCCAGUGUUCUGGGAAUGGUAUUUGCUGUCUCUGUAAAGUUGCCAUAUUCUGUCAAAGUAUUUUUGAAAAGAUGUUGUGACAAUUUGGAAGUAAGAUAAAAGUGUAUGUGACUUCAUUUUAUCUGAGCAGCAACUAUGUCUUAAUCAAGUGCCUUUAUCAACUGUGUGUUUAUAUGGAAUCUAUAUUCUUAUCAGAUAAAUAGUACUGUAAAUCCUU